UUCAGAUUGUCUGCAAUGGUGAAAUGAAGUAACUCAAGAUGAGCAAGUUAAAAGUGAUAUCAGAGAAAAGCCUUACUAAUAAUUCUCGGGUUGUGGGACUCCUGGCUCAGCUGGAGAAGAUCAAUACUGAAUCUGCAGAAUCAGAUAGUGCCAGAUAUGUUACAUCAAAAAUUCUUCAUCUGGCUCAAAGUCAAGAAAAGACAAGGAGAGAAAUGACAGCCAAAGGUUCUACAGGAAUGGAAGUUCUGCUGUCAACAUUAGAGAACACGAAAGAUCUUCAAACUACACUUAAUAUCUUAAGCAUUCUUGUUGAGCUGGUGUCAGCUGGUGGAGGUCGAAGAGCAAGUUUCUUAGUCGCCAAAGGUGGUUCACAAAUAUUGUUACAAUUACUUGUGAAUGCCAGCAAAGAAUCUUCCUCACAUGAGGAGUUAAUGGUACAGAUUCAUUCUAUUCUUGCAAAGAUUGGACCAAAAGAUAAAAAAUUUGGAGUGAAGGCUAGAAUUAAUGGGGCUCUGAAUAUAACCCUGAAUUUGGUCAAACAGAAUUUGCAGAAUCAUCGCUUGGUUCUACCUUGUCUUCAGCUUUUACGAGUAUAUUCUGCCAACUCUGUGAAUUCAGUAUCUUUAGGGAAAAAUGGAGUUGUGGAACUUAUGUUUAAAAUCAUUGGACCAUUUAGUAAGAAGAAUUCCGGUCUUAUGAAGGUUGCUUUAGACACUCUUGCUGCAUUGCUAAAAUCAAAAACAAAUGCCAGGAGAGCUGUAGACAGAGGAUAUGUCCAAGUGCUUUUAACAAUUUAUGUAGAUUGGCACCGCCAUGAUAAUCGGCAUAGAAACAUGCUCAUUCGGAAAGGAAUUUUACAGAGUUUAAAAAGUGUUACAAACAUUAAAUUGGGAAGAAAAGCGUUUAUUGAUGCCAAUGGGAUGAAAAUUCUGUAUAACACUUCGCAAGAAUGUUUGGCCGUCAGGACUCUUGAUCCUCUUGUCAAUACUUCUAGUCUGAUCAUGAGGAAGUGUUUCCCGAAAAAUCGUCUGCCACUUCCAACGAUUAAAAGUUCUUUCCAUUUCCAGUUGCCUGUCAUUCCUGUCACUGGUCCGGUGGCUCAGCUGUACAGCUUACCCCCUGAAGUGGAUGAUGUAGUAGAUGAAAGUGAUGACAACGAUGACAUUGAUCUAGAAGCUGAAAAUGAAACUGAGAAUGAAGAUGACCUAGAUCAAAAUUUUAAGAAUGAUGAUAUUGAAACAGAUAUUAACAAACUGAAACCCAAGCAAGAACCAGGACGAACAAUAGAAGAACUAAAAAUGUAUGAACACCUUUUCCCUGAGCUUGUUGAUGAUUUUCAGGACUAUGAUUUAAUCUCCAAAGAACCAAAGCCGUUUGUAUUUGAGGGAAAAGUAUGUGGUCCCAUUGUUGUUCCUACAGCAGGAGAAGAAGUAUCUGGGAGUUCUGUCAGUUUAAGAAAAGGAGUUGUAAUGAAGGAAAAUGUAUCUCCUAAAGGAGAUGAAGGUGAUAAGAAACCUGCCUGUGUGGAUCUAGUAAAAGAAGAUAUUAAAGAUAAUGAUAGAAUAUUACAACAGCAGCUAGGUGAUCAAAACAGAACUAUUUCAUCAGGCCAUGGCUUAAACAAUGAUAUCGUGAAGGCCUUGGACCGAAUUACACUGCAGAAUAUUCCUUCUCAAACAGCCCCAGGUUUUACUGCAGAAACGAAGGAUUACAGUCUUCCUCUUACUGUCCUUACGUGUACUAAAGCAUGUCCACAUGUGGCUACUUGUGGAAAUGCUCUGUUUGAGGGAAGAACAGUUCAGCUAGGGAAGCUUUGCUGCACUGGAGUUGAAACCGAAGAUGAAGAUACUGAGUCUAGUUCAUCAGUGGAACAAGCAUCAGUUGAGGUACCUGAGGGACCAACACUCCAUGACCCAGACCUCUAUAUCGAGAUUGUGAAAAGUACAAAGUCUGUCCCUGAAUAUUCAGAGGUGGCUUAUCCUGAUUAUUUUGGUCAUAUUCCACCUCCAUUCAAAGAGCCUAUUUUAGAAAGGCCUUAUGGUGUACAAAGGACAAAAAUUGCCCAAGACAUUGAGAGACUGAUACACCAAAGUGAUAUCAUAGAUCGAGUGGUAUAUGACUUAGAUAACCCGAAUUACACCAUUCUGGAAGAAGGAGAUGUUCUGAAGUUUAACUCCAAAUUUGAAUCUGGGAAUCUGCGCAAAGUAAUUCAAAUUAGAAAAAACGAAUAUGAUCUUAUUCUGAACUCAGAUAUAAACAGCAAUCAUUAUCAUCAGUGGUUUUACUUUGAAGUCAGUGGAAUGCGGCUAAGUGUUGCUUACAGGUUUAACAUCAUUAACUGUGAAAAGUCCAACAGUCAGUUUAAUUAUGGUAUGCAACCACUCAUGUAUUCCGUUCAGGAAGCAUUAAAUGCCAGACCAUGGUGGAUUCGUGUGGGGACUGACAUUUGUUACUAUAAAAAUCAUUUCUCAAGAAGUUCAGUUGCUGCUGGUGGGCAAAAGGGAAAAUCCUACUAUACAAUCACAUUCACUGUCAGUUUUCCACAUAAAGAUGAUGUUUGCUACUUUGCUUAUCACUAUCCAUAUACGUAUUCAACUUUACAGAUGCAUCUUCAAAAAUUGGAAUCUGCACACAAUCCUCAGCAAAUCUAUUUUCGAAAAGAUGUGUUAUGUGCAACCCUGUCUGGGAACAGCUGUCCAUUGGUGACUAUAACAGCAAUGCCGGAAUCUAAUUAUUAUGAACAUAUCUGUCAAUUCAGAAAUCGCCCUUAUGUUUUCUUAUCUGCUCGGGUACAUCCUGGAGAAACUAAUGCAAGUUGGGUUAUGAAAGGAACAUUGGAGUAUCUCAUGAGUAAUAAUCCUACUGCCCAGAGCUUACGAGAAUCCUUUAUUUUUAAAAUAAUUCCUAUGCUAAAUCCAGAUGGUGUCAUCAAUGGAAAUCACCGCUGUUCUUUAAGUGGAGAAGAUUUGAACAGACAAUGGCAAAGUCCAAAUCCAGAUUUACAUCCUACGAUUUACCAUGCUAAAGGGCUCCUACAGUACCUGGCUGCAGUGAAGCGUUUACCCUUGGUUUAUUGUGAUUAUCAUGGCCAUUCCCGAAAGAAGAAUGUAUUUAUGUAUGGCUGCAGCAUCAAAGAGACAGUGUGGCAUACCAAUGAUACCAACGCAACUUCAUGUGAUGUUGUGGAAGAUAUGGGAUACAGGACUUUGCCUAAGAUACUGAGUCAUAUUGCCCCAGCAUUUUGCAUGAGCAGCUGUAGCUUUGUAGUGGAAAAAUCUAAGGAAUCCACAGCACGUGUUGUAGUUUGGCGGGAAAUAGGAGUACAGAGAAGCUACACCAUGGAGAGUACUUUGUGUGGCUGUGAUCAGGGAAAAUACAAGGGUUUACAGAUUGGUACUCGGGAAUUGGAAGAGAUGGGAGCAAAAUUUUGUGUUGGUCUUUUGCGUUUGAAAAGAUUGACAUCCCCAUUGGAUUAUAAUCUGCCUUCCAGCCUACUUGACUUUGAAAAUGAGUUAAUUGAAUCAAGUUGCAAAGUAACGAGGAACCUUGGCAGCUCUGAACUUCAGUUUUUGCCUCCAAUCCAUUGAGAUUGCUGAAUCUGAUGACUUCUCUGCCUCUAACAGCUGCCCGUGCUUGGCCUUGGUUUCCACUGGACUUUGCCCAUGCACCUUUUUUCUUUGCUGAUUUUGCUUUGUAUCCUUUCACCGUAAUAAGUCAUAACUGUGAUUUUGACUGUAUGCUGAGUCCUGUGAGUCUUUGUAGCAAAUCACUAACCUGAGGUGGUCUUGGAACCCCUGAUAAACAUAUCUGUUCUGAAUUGAUAUUAAGCUUGAUUAUCUCAAAGAUUCUAAUGUUCUACUGAGAAUGAGCAGUGACAGCUGGUAUUGUGAUCCUUUUACAUAUGUGUGUAACUGAGGCUCGAAGAGAUGAAUUUAUCCAAGGUCAUCCUUCUGGUCAUCCCUGACAGAAUAGGGAAUUAGAUCCAUGCUUAAAAUUCCCCUGUUCUUUUAUUAUAUAUUGUAUCCCCCAAGUAUAUAAGUACAAUUACUAAAAUGUACUGCUUUCAGUUUUUUGGAAUGCUGCUGUCUAAUUUGGGUAAUUUAAUCACUUAACAUUCUCAUUAUGUGUAAGGAAUGUUUUUGGAUCAAUAGCAAAAUAAGUCGGAGUUUUGUGACAUAGUAAUUACUGCUUCCCAGAGUCAGCUUAGUUAUACGAAUGCUCCUUGACUUACAACAGGAUUAUGAUUGUAAGUUGAAAAUAGCAUAAGUUGAAAAUGCAUUUAAUACAUCUAGUCUACCAAACAUCAUAGUUUAACCUAGUCUACAUUAAAUAUGCUCAGAGCACUUACAUUAGCCUAUAGUUGGGCAAAAUCAGCUAACACAAAUCCUGUUUUAUGAUCAAGUGUUGAAUCUUUUGUAAUUUGUUGAAUAUUAUACUGAAAGUAAAUAUCAGAUUGAUUUUGCACCAUUGUAAAGUAGAGCAAAUGUGACAUUGUAAAUCAGGAAUUGUCUGUACCUUUUUUCAACAAAAGUAUAAAUAAAUUCGCAAUUUUUUUCCAAAUAGAUAAAUAUUCUCUUGUUGGAUAUUCUGUGUACUAGUUCUCUGUAUGUGGGCAUGUGUAUCUGUAUGUUGUAGCCACUUAAGACUGACAAAAAUUAUUACUUGUAUUUUCUAUGGAUAAUUUCAUUUACUUCAUGAUACUUAGGAGAUGCUAUAUUUAUCCAUGAGACAGGAAUAAAAUUAUACAAUUUAUAUAAAUGAAA